UCAUGGUUUAGGUUGUGCUGUUGGAUUCAGAUUUUAUUUCUGGCGGGAGCCUACUACCCUAUGGUUCCAGGAGCUCCAGAAUUUCCUCACUGAAUGGUCUACUGCAUUUAGAUGCCCCGAGUUAACCGUACAUCUCUAUCAGAAGAGGGACGAAGGAUUGAAAGAUGAGGUGAACAAGAAUGUGGCUCUAUCAGCACCCGGGAUACUACAUUUGAAAUUAUUAGUGCUUGGGCCACCCCAGUCGAGCUACCCUCUUAUUCUGGAUGGCUUAUUUUCAACUUGCCAUCCUGCAAAUUUUAUUGUCAGGGCAAGAUACCCUUUGCUAGAGGUUGAUGAUGCUUCCCGAUUCAUGCUCCAAAGCUAUAUUCGCUUGCUCCUCAACUGGCAAUCGUAGUUGAUUCCUAUCAAUAUGCAAUAUUUGUUCUACUAAUAAAGGAGCAAGAUCUUGCAGACGUCAACACAUUCAGUUUACUUUUUAGAUAACCUACAGCUCAUAUCAAGCGCCUUUGAGGAGAUUUGAAUCGAGACUCGCAGCCUUUGUCAGGGCACACCGGCGCUGGCUAGCUCCGACAAGCUCAUGGCUCGCCCAGCACAGGCCUCGUGAGUCCUGGGCCGUGCGAGCCCUGGGCAGGGCUAUCGAGCCACUGGAUCCGCUUUAGUUGCCUGUGUCGGCUCAACAUUGGCAACCAACCCCCUGGUCAAGGUCGUCGACCACACCAGAUGCUGCCAGUGAUCUUGAGCAGGCGGGUGGUCACCGCCAUCGAGUCCCAACAGCCUCCUUCAAUGGCUCCACUACCAAUGGCAAGAGUCGAAUAAUGGACUGAAAGUAUUUCUAUCCUUUGCUCUAAAUGCUCUGAGGAUGUGAGCAUUAUGUCCAAUCCUCCCAAAUGUCUUAUCUUAGUUGGCACCAAACAUUGGACAUUACAUCCGGUCGACCAAACGUGUGCCAAGACGGCUAGGCAGCUGCAGCUUAGGAAAUUACAGAGGCUAAAAAUUAAUGUAGAUGAGAAUGAGAGGGCAAAACUGAGAUGCACAGGAAAGCCCCACAUUUCUGCAGUCCAGUGAGUUGAAGGCGAGGGGAGGACAGGCGGCUGAUAUGGAUGACGAUGAUAAGAUCUCGCUUCUGCCCGAGCAUGUAAAGCAUCGCAUUCUCUCUUUCAUACCGAGCAUCAAGGAGGUAGUGAGGACGAGUUCGCUGUCGAAAUCGUGGCUACGGACGUGGAGAUCGUUCCAGGUCACCGACUUCGAUCAAUCGCUUAUCCUACCGGACUCGGCUAUUCACCAAUUCGUGGGAGCCAGGCGGUGGAACGAGUACAGCGAGAGCUUCGUGAGGUUCGUGGACGAUGCCCUGAUGAGGUCCUGCGAUGGGAUGCCGAGGUUCCAGGUCCUCGCGACCGCAGAAAUGGCUCCUCACGUCGAUAAAUGGGUCGGUAUGGCUUUAGACUAUCAUGUUGAGGAGCUGAGCAUAAACAUCUGCAAAGUUGAAAAUUUUCCUGGUAAUUUGCUAUAUUCGAUUCCCAAAAGGGUUUUAUCUGCGGAGUUCAUCAAGUCCCUAACAUUGAGUGGUGAUGUUAAGUUUGACGGGAUUAGUACUGUGAGUCUGCCUUCUCUGCGAUCGCUCGGUUUGUCACAUUCUCAUAUCGACAAUCAAAUGUUUCAGAGACUGCUCGGGUGCUGCCCUUUUCUUGAAGAUCUUACUGUAGGCUCCUGUAGUCUCUUGUCCGAGAUUGAAGUCUCGAAUCUCAGUUUUCUUAGUAGAGUAAUGGUGAUGGCUAGUUGCUGGCCUGAGCUUCAAGUAGUCAGAAUUGAAGCCCCGGCCUUGGAAAGCUUUCGCUGUUAUUCCCCAUAUCUGCUCAAACAGGACAUUGGUCUAAUAGUUCGCCUAAGUCCGAGUCUUAGGUGCUUAGAAUUCAGGGAUCUGUUCAAGAUGGAUGACUGGUUCUGUCAGUUCCUUUCGAAAUUUCCCAUGCUGGAAAGUUUGUCACUUGGUAGAUGCAGGUUACUGAAAAGAAUCACGAUUUCGAAUCCACUUCUGAAGAAUCUGUCAAUAACAAAUUGCGAUAACUUGGUGGAUAUUAGAAUUGAUACUCCGAAGUUGUCGUCUUUUGACUAUGAGGCCUUGUCGACACUGCCCUCCAUAUGGACAGAGAAUCCUCCUUACAAUUGUGCUGUUGGAUUAUAUUUUCGUUCUCCCAGGAUUCAAGCACCCUCUGCCUGCUUCCAGGAGCUACAGAAAUUCCUCACUGAAUGGUCUACUACAUUUGGAUGCUUCGAAUUAACUGUACAUCUCUAUGAGUGGGAUGAGGGAAUGAUGGGAGAGAUAAACAAGAAGCUGGAUUUGUCAACACCCGGGAUACAACAUCUGAAACUAGUGUUUGAUGCAUCUCAGUUGAGCUACCCUCUUAUUCUGGAUAGCAUAUUAUCAAAUUGCCGUCCUACAACUAUUCUUCUCAGGGUAACAAAACCUUUACUAAAGUUCAUAUGUGAGGCACUUGCAAACAGGGAAGAGAAUCCCGAGUGUUGUCCAGGUAAGGUUCAGUGUUGGAAACACGAGCUCAAAGGUGCAAAGAUUGAAAGGGUUCAGGGUACCCAACAUCAUGGACCUUUAGACUGGCAGAUCAUGUUGAGUUUGUUGCCUACUCUCUCUACAUGGACUGAAGUUUGUUUUAGAUUACAGUGGUGAGAUUACUGAUGGUAUGAUGCCGAAAAAUUAAGAAUAAUGUUUUUAUAUCUGGAAUGCACGUUUUUGUAACCAUUGUGCUAAAUGCAGAACAUGAGCAGCUUCAUAUCAUGUAGGACGAGUCCUUCUUGAGAUGAACAGUUAAGUGAUAGCUAGAGGGUUGUGUCUCUCCGGUGCUUAAGUAAUAUAAAUCUUUUUGUAAGAGGCUUGCACCCUUGUGAUGCUCUGAUUAUACAAGUUAUUAUGAACCGUGUAUAUUGUAUAUAAAAAACAGGGCUAUUGAUACCAUGCAAGAUUAUAUAUCCAUGCAUUCCUCUUUCUGGUGGAGUCAUUUAUCGCGGUGGCAGUUCAUGGAUGGACAUCGUGAUGAGAGAAAAUUUUUAGUCUUGGAAGAAUGAAAAAGUCCAUACUGCCUUUGUGAUUGAUUAAUCUAGCUGGUCUCAUGAUUUAUAGGAAACUCCAAUUAAAUGUCAUCAUAUCUGAAGGUUUUCCUUGAUGCUUCCCGUUGUGCGCUUUUAAGCUAUACUCGGCUGCUUCUCAAGUGGACACUGCAGCUGAUUCCGAUUUAUAGGCGAGGAUAACAAAGAGGGUACGCUGUAAGACUUGAAUUAUCUACUUCCAGUUUUCUCCAGUGCUGUUGGACCUUAAGCAGUUGAGGUUCCGAGUGGGAGGACCAGCUGGGGACAUUUUUUUCGUUGAGUUCAGAGGACAGCUGGGGAGGUAACGGGUUGAGCUGGGGGAGUUCGAGAGGGAGCUGGGAGCAUCCGUUGUGAGAGGAAUGAGCUGAAGGUUUUUUUUUUUUUCAACGUCUGUUCUGUCUGUUUGUCUUUUUUCUUCUGUCCCUUCUGCUAUUCUGCUUUCUUUCUAUUCUUCUGUUUGCUUUCUGCCGAGGAGAAGCAUGGAAAAGGAAGGAAACGGGAAGGAGAGGGAAGGGUGUCUUGUACUCAACCUUGUUCAGCUGAAGCAGAGGGAACAGAAAGUGAAGGGCUGUGACCAGCAGUCAAUGGGGAUGAUCCGAAUUUUUCUGAGCUGCUCAUGAACCUUUGGGUCUUUCUGAUAUUUUUUCUUAAUCCCUACACAGGUCAGGCACAUCCUCGUAAAAUUUGGAAUUCGUUUGACCUUGGGAAUUACCCGAAACAAUUUUUCUUCGACAGCUGACCAAAACCGGGAGAUUUGGUUCUGAUCUGUAAGGAAAUCUCCAAUUCUGUACAAAUCUAGCUUAAAACAUAUUCCCUUUCUUUUUA